CCAACCACGUCUUCUCCAUUAGCGCAUUAGCCGCCAUGGCUCAUCGGCGGAGCUUUCUCAUCCUCCUCACCAUCGUCUCCUCGUUUGCCGGAGCUUCAGUGGUACUGGUUGCCGGCCAGCACUACACGGCAUACGAGCCAAACUGCUCGACCACCGGAAACUACACCACCGGCAGCCAGUACCAGGUGAACCUCGUCAAGCUCAUGAGCGAGCUCCCGUCGAGCGCCCUGGCCAACCGCGGCUUCCACUACGGCACCGCCGGCGAGGCCCCCGACACGGUGUUCGGCCUCGCCAUGUGCUACAGCGUCCUCAACUGGACGGCGUGCGGCAACUGCAUCCGGGCGGCCGCCGCCGGCGUGCAGCAGGCGUGCCCGUUCAGCCGGGAGAUGAGCUCCUUCUACGACGAGGCCUGCAUCCUGCGCUACUCCGGCGCGCCGUUCGCCGCGGCCGCCGACACCGGCGUCACCUUCUACGAGUGGGAGGAGGGCUCCGUCGUCGCCGACCCGGCGGGCUUCAACGCCUCGCGGUGGGAGCUGGUGGGGCGGCUCGCCGGCGAGGCCGCCGCCUCCCCGCUGCGGCUGGCGAACGGGAGCCUGGGGUACACGGACUCCCACGGCAUCGCGCAGGUGCUGUACGGGCUCGCGCAGUGCACCAGGGACCUCAAUGCCAGCGAGUGCAGCAGGUGCCUCCAAUCCUUCCUCGCCGAUGUGUCGAUCUCGCUCCCGAACAGCACCUACGGCAGCGCCAUGGGCUACAGCUGCUAUGUGGCCUGCAGCGUCGGGGAUGAGCUCAGCAUCACCAUUCCGCCGGCGAUGACAGCGCCGCGGCCGCCGUCGAGGUCAUCAGCCACUCCUCGCCCGGCGGCGUCUCUGGUGGCCGGUGUGGCCGUUGGCUCUGCUGCCUUCGUCAUCUGCGUCGGCAUCUCGAUUUGGUUGCUGCUGCGUCGCAGCAGGAAAAGAGCAAGAGAGCGUGAACUGGAUUUGCUCGACGAUGACGAGCCCCUGGAAGACGAUUUUGAGAAAGGGACCGGGCCGAGGAGGUUCCGCUACCGCGAGCUUGCCAUUGCCACGAGGUUCUUCUCCGAUGAGGAGAAGCUCGGGGAAGGCGGCUUUGGGUCGGUGUACCACGGCUACCUCAGGGACAUGAACCUUCAUGUCGCGAUAAAAAGGGUGUCCAAGACCUCCAAGCAGGGGAGGAAGGAGUACAUUUCCGAGGUGAGGAUCAUAAGCCGGCUGAGGCACCGCAACCUCGUGCAGCUCAUCGGAUGGUGCCAUGGCGGCGGCGAGCUCUUGCUUGUCUACGAAUUCAUGCCCAAUGGCAGCCUUGACACCCAUGUUCACAGUCACCACAAAGUGUUGUCGUGGCCUCUCAGGCAUCAGAUCGUGCUUGGUAUCGGUUCUUCACUUCUGUACCUUCACCAGGACUGGGAGCAGUGCGUUGUGCACCGUGACAUCAAGCCCAGCAACGUGAUGCUGGAUGCAUCCUUAAACGCCAAGCUUGGCGACUUCGGGCUGGCGAGGCUCGUCGACCAUAACCGGGCGUCUCACACCACGGCGCUCGCCGGCACCAUGGGCUACAUGGACCCGGAGUGCAUGGUCGCCGGCAGCGCCAGCGCCAUGUCCGAUGUUUACAGCUUCGGCGUGGUGGCCCUCGAGAUCGCCUGCGGCCGCCGGCCAAUCGUGGUCCUUCAAGAAGCCAGCACCGGCACCGGCACCGACGAACCGACCACGAUGCACCUGGUGCAGUGGGUCUGGGAACUCUACGGCCGCGGAAGGAUCGUCGACGCGGCCGAUGCUCGGCUGGACGGUGAAUUCGACGACCGGGAGAUGCAGCGGGUGAUGAUCACGGCGCUCUGGUGCGCGCACCCUGACCGCAGCCUGAGGCCGUCCAUCAGGCAGGCCAUCAGCGUGUUGCGGCUCGAAGCGCCGCUGCCGGUCCUACCGGCGGCGAUGCCGGUCGCGAUGUUCGUGCCUCCUGCUGUUGCCUCCCUUUCUGAAUCUCUUGGUGUGACCGGUAGCUGCAGCGGCAGCUCCAGCGUUGGCACGACGCGUUCCAGUGCCGUUUUGACUGAGGCGUCGUCCUUGUUGAGAUGACAAUGCAACGUAGACGGAUCAAAUAACUUGGAUUGUUUUGUGUUGGGCUAACGCUUUGUAGAACGAAGGAGUUAUUUUAGUAGAUGGACACUGACUUGUGAGCAAAUUCCUGCAAGCUGGUCGUGGCGUGACAUCAGUCUUUACGGUGGUGUAUUAUUAGUAUCUUUUGCUAGGUCUGAGCGGCCAAUUUGAUCAGGAGCGUUGGACAGAUUUUUGUCA